GAUUAGCUAGUAUCGCGUUAUUUGGUUCAUGUGGAAGAUCGCUGAAACGAGUGACGCCGUCUAUUUCUCGAGGUGAAGAAGAAGGGGCAGACACGCGUUGCGUGCUGCUGAGAAGAUUUACUAAUCAUGGUGCUGCUGCACGUGUUAUUCGAGCAUGCGGCGGGCUACGCGCUGUUCGCCGUCAAAGAAGUGGAGGAGAUCGGCAUGUUGCUUCCGCAGGUUGAGGAGAGUGUGCUGAGCAUUGGAAAGUUUAACAGCAUGGUGAGCCUGGCAGCCUUUUUUCCCUUCAAGUCAGCCCAGGCUGCUCUGGAGAACAUGAAUGCCAUCUCUGAAGGUGUGGUUCAUGCUGACUUGAAGUUGUUCCUGGAGACAAACUUGCCUCUCUCAGGAAAGAAGAAAGCUGUGCUGGGAGUUUCAGAUGCUAAAAUUGGAGCAGCUUUACAAGAAGAAUUUAGCGUUUCCAUCCAGACUGGUGGUGUGGUGGCGGAAAUCACCAGAGGGGUGCGUCUGCACUUUCACUCAUUGGUGAAGGGUCUGACUGCUCAGGCCGCCUCCAAAGCUCAGCUUGGUCUGGGUCACAGCUACUCCAGAGCUAAAGUCAAGUUCAAUGUGAAUCGGGUUGACAACAUGAUCAUCCAGUCGAUUGCUCUGCUGGAUCAGCUCGACAAAGACAUCAACACGUUCUCAAUGCGUGUUCGAGAAUGGUACGGCUAUCACUUCCCAGAGCUGAUAAAGAUCGUGCCAGACAACUCAAUGUACUGCAAACUGGCUCAGCUCAUUGGAAACAGAAAAGAGUUGUCUGAGGAGAACCUGGAGAGCUUAGAGGAAGUGGUAAUGGACAGCGCAAAGGCUCAGGCCAUCUUGGAUGCAUCCCGCUCUUCAAUGGGUAUGGACAUCUCUCCCAUCGACCUGAUCAACAUUGAGAGGUUCUCUGACCGCGUUGUGUCUCUAGCUGCUUACCGGCUUGAGCUGCAGGAGUACCUGAGAUCUAAGAUGAGCCAGGUGGCGCCAAAUCUCGCCGCCCUAAUUGGAGAAGUGGUGGGAGCUCGUCUCAUCUCUCAUGCCGGCAGUCUAACCAACCUGGCCAAGUACCCGGCCUCCACCGUUCAGAUCCUGGGAGCAGAGAAGGCCCUGUUCAGAGCCCUGAAGACACGUGGCAACACCCCCAAGUAUGGACUCAUCUUCCACUCGACUUUUAUUGGACGUGCUGCAGCCAAGAACAAAGGUCGCAUCUCCAGAUAUCUGGCCAACAAGUGCACCAUAGCAUCACGCAUUGACUGUUUUUCAGAGGUCCCAACAAGUGUCUUUGGUGACAAGCUGCGUGAACAGGUGGAGGAGCGUUUGUCUUUCUAUGAGACUGGGGAGGUGCCGCGGAAGAAUGUGGAUGUCAUGAAAGAUGCUGUAAAAGAGGCCACUGAUGUUGCAGCUGAGAUCAAGCGCAAACUGGAAAAGAAGGAAAAGAAACGUAAGAAGCGUGAAAAGAAGUUGCAAGAGCUUGAAGCCAACGGUGAAACAAACAGUGAAGCUGAGGUGGAGAAUGGAGAGGUAGAAACCCCUGUGGUCAAGAAGAAAAAGAAGAAACGUGCAGCAGAGGAGAUGGAGGGCCAAGCAGAGGAAAGCCCCGCUGUAGAGAACGGAACAGUGGAGACCUCGGCUAAGAAGAAAAAGAAACAAAAAGCUGAGGCAGAGCAAGCAGAAGCCGCUGCUGCAGGUGGUGAGGCAGAGGAAACGCCAGCCAAGAAGAAGAAAAAACUAAAGACUGAAACUGUGGAGGCAGAAGAGACUCCAGAGACCCCUUUGACUGAGAAGAAGAAGAAAAAGAAGAAAAAAGAAACUAAAGAGGCUGAGGACUAAACCUUUUUUUGUAUAGUUUAUUUUUUGUUAAUCUGCUUAUCUGAAGCUAGGUCACAAACCGCUUUAAGUUGUCCUGUAUGUCUAUCCAGUUUCAUGAAAGCAAGCAAGGCUGCAAAUAAAUGCUUCUAACUGUGCCUUGUACUCCAUGAAAUUUACUUGUAUUUCUGUAAAUAUUUUUAUCAAUUAAAUCCUUUGUUAAAUAUAA